GUAGUAUUGAUGUGGCCAAGUCGGUCAGGUUCCACGUCAUUCGGAAGGAUCAGAAUCUCUCCAGACACGGAUGCGCACACAGAAGAAGAGAGAGACCUUAGCCCUGUUUGAAAGGAAAACUCAUUCUCUCUGAGUGGAGUCUCGUGAAGAGAAAAAGAGCUGACAUAAUGACAGCCGCGGAGAAUGUGUGUUACACACUCAUCAAUGUCACCAAUGACUCUGAACCACCAUCAGAAGUCAGCUUGAAAACUGAUUUAGAAAAGGGGGAAAUCAAAGCCAAGACAGAGGCUUUGAAAAAGGUCAUCAUCAUGAUCCUGAAUGGAGAGAAACUUCCAGGCCUAUUAAUGACCAUUAUUCGGUUUGUGCUGCCUCUUCAGGACCACACAAUUAAGAAACUAUUACUAGUUUUUUGGGAAAUUGUUCCCAAAACGACUCCUGAUGGCAAACUUCUUCAGGAGAUGAUCUUGGUCUGUGAUGCCUACAGGAAGGAUCUCCAGCAUCCCAAUGAGUUCAUCCGUGGCUCCACCCUGCGCUUCCUGUGCAAGCUGAAGGAAUCUGAGCUGCUGGAGCCCCUCAUGCCAGCGAUCCGUGCCUGUCUGGAGCAUCGUCACAGCUAUGUACGCCGCAAUGCAGUCCUGGCCAUCUACACUAUCUACAGGUGUGAUCGAGCUUUGGACUACCUUAGCACCUGUAUUGAUCAGGUGCAUACUUUCGGAGACAUUCUACAGCUUGUUAUCGUGGAACUGAUUUAUAAGGUCUGCCAUGCCAACCCCACAGAGAGAGCUCGUUUCAUCCGUUGUAUCUACAACCUGCUGCAGUCAUCCAGUCCUGCUGUAAAAUAUGAAGCAGCUGGAACUCUGGUUACUCUGUCCAGCGCUCCCACUGCCAUCAAGGCUGCUGCUCAGUGCUACAUUGAUCUGAUCAUUAAAGAGAGUGACAACAACGUUAAGCUCAUUGUUCUGGACCGACUGAUCGAGUUGAAGGAACAUCCUACACAUGAGCGUGUGCUGCAGGACCUUGUGAUGGAUAUUCUGAGGGUUUUGACCACUCCUGAUCUUGAGGGCCGCAAGAAGACCCUACAGCUGGCCCUGGACCUGGUGUCAUCCCGCAAUGUAGAAGAGCUGGUUAUAGUGCUAAAGAAAGAAGUCAUCAAAACCAACAAUGUGACUGAGCAUGAGGACACAGACAAGUACAGGCAGCUGCUUGUUCGCACUCUCCACUCCUGUAGCGUGCGCUUCCCUGACAUGGCAGCCAAUGUCAUCCCUGUGCUGAUGGAGUUCCUGAGUGACACUAACGAGGCGGCCGCAGCCGACGUGCUGGAGUUUGUGCGUGAGGCGAUUCAGAGGUUUGACAACCUUAGACCUCUCAUCAUUGAGAAGAUGCUAGAGGUCUUUCACGCUAUCAAGACGGUCAAGAUUUACAGAGGAGCUCUGUGGAUUUUGGGUGAAUAUUGCAGCACUAAAGAAGACAUCCAGAGUGUCAUGACAGAAGUCCGCAGAUCUUUGGGAGAGAUCCCUAUUGUGGAAAAUGAGUUGAAAAAGGAGGCUGGAGAGGUGAAACCUGAGGAGGAGGUGACUGCAGCUCCAGCUCCUAAGCUGGUGACAGAAAUGGGCACUUACGUCACUCAGAGUGCCCUGAGCACCUCCAGACCAUCCAAAAAAGAAGAGGAUAGGCCUCCUCUGAGGGGUUUCCUGAUGAAUGGAGACUUUUACGUUGCUGCCUCAUUGGCCACCACCCUCACCAAAGUGGCCUUGCGCUAUGUUGCCCUUGCCGAGGACAAAAAAAGGCAAAAUUCAUUUGUUGCUGAGGCUAUGCUGAUCAUGGCCACUGUGCUCCAUCUUGGCAAGUCAUCUCUACCCAAGAAGCCCAUCACAGAUGAUGAUGUGGACCGGAUCUCACUGUGCCUCAAGGUCCUGUCCGAGUGCUCGCCCCUCAUGAAUGACAUCUUUAACAAGGAAUGCCGCAGAUCUCUGUCCCAUAUGCUCGCUGUCAGACUGGAGGAGGAGAAACUGUCUCAGAAGAAGCCAUUGUCCCGGACUGAGCUGUCUCAUGUUUUCUUCCAGGUCACCCAGUUAACUGGUUUCUCAGAUCCAGUGUACGCAGAAGCUUAUGUCCAUGUCAAUCAGUAUGACAUUGUCCUGGAUGUCCUGGUUGUUAAUCAGACUAGCGACACCCUACAGAACUGUACCCUGGAGCUGGCAACACUUGGUGAUCUUAAAUUGGUUGAGAAACCAUCUCCUCUUACAUUGGCUCCUCACGACUUUGCCAACAUAAAAGCCAAUGUGAAAGUAGCCUCCACAGAGAAUGGCAUCAUAUUUGGAAACAUAGUAUAUGAUAUAUCAGGAGCAGCCAGUGACAGGAACUGCGUAGUCCUCAGCGACAUUCACAUUGAUAUCAUGGACUACAUUCAGCCGGCCUCCUGCACAGACACCGAGUUCAGACAGAUGUGGGCUGAAUUUGAGUGGGAAAAUAAGGUUACCGUCAACACCAACAUCACAGAUCUGAACGACUACCUUCAACACAUUCUUAAAUCUACCAACAUGAAGUGCUUGACCCCAGAGAAGACCCUGUCCGGCAUCUGUGGCUUUAUGGCAGCAAAUCUAUAUGCCCGCUCUAUAUUUGGGGAGGAUGCCCUUGCAAACGUCAGCAUUGAAAAGCCAAUCCACAUGGGACCUGAUGCCCCAGUCAAUGGCCAUAUUCGCAUCCGAGCCAAAAGCCAGGGUAUGGCUUUGAGUCUGGGUGAUAAAAUCAACCUCUCUCAGAAGAGGACCGCCGCAUAAAUUUCAGAGACUGAGGCCAUUGAGUGAAAGGGCGAGAUUUGACUAAAAAGCGCUAUGGUUACUCCAAUGUCUUGUCUUUUUUCUCUAGCGCUUCUUUUGUGUCUCUCCAGACUACCGUACACAUGCAGUGCUCUGUGGCCAAGAUCUAAGCUCUUCAAACUAUGUCUAAAGGGGAUCAUUUUGACAUUUUCUACCAACACGAUUCUUCCUAACUGCUCUAAAAGGGAUUGACCCAGUGUUAAUCUGUAAUCUGUUUCAAUAAACAUUGCACACCAUA